GCCCGCACUGCGUCUGCGUGCGUCCUACCGGCUGGCAGGGCUGUCUCCUUUCGCUCGUGGGCGCAGGUUGGGGUGUGCUUUUCAGCGGCGCUAGUCCGGCAGCCCGGCGACCAUGGUGCUCGACCUGGACCUUUUCCGCGCCGACAAGGGGGGCGACCCGGUCCUCAUCCGCGAGACGCAGCUCAAGCGCUUCAAGGACCCAGCCCUCGUGGACGCGCUGGUGGCCGCCGACGGGGCCUGGCGAAGAUGCAGAUUUCGUGCAGACAAUCUGAACAAACUGAAGAACCUGUGCAGCAAAACUAUAGGAGAGAAAAUGAAGAAAAAAGAACCAGUGGGAAAUGAUGACCAUGUACCAGAAAAUGCACAAAAUCUUGAUGAGCUCACAGCAGACAGUUUAGCAGGUCUUCAAGUAAACCAAAUCAAGAAAAUCCGUCUUCUUAUUGAUGAAGCAAUACUGAAGUGUGAUGAAGAGCGCUUAAAGCUAGAAGCAGAACGGUUUGAAAACCUCAGAGAAAUCGGAAAUCUCCUUCACCCCUCUGUGCCUAUCAGCAAUGAUGAGGAUGCAGAUAACAAAGUGGAGAGGAUAUGGGGAGACUGUUCAGAGAGGAAGAAGUACUCCCAUGUGGACCUGGUUGUUAUGGUGGAUGGCUAUGAGGGAGAAAAGGGAGCCAUUGUAGCUGGCAGCAGAGGAUACUUUCUUAAGGGUCCCCUUGUUUUUCUGGAGCAGGCUCUCAUUCAGUAUGCCCUGCAGACAUUGCUUAGUAAAGGAUACACCCCUGUUUAUACUCCCUUCUUCAUGAGAAAAGAGGUGAUGCAGGAAGUGGCUCAGCUAAGUCAGUUUGAUGAAGAGCUUUACAAGGUAAUUGGCAAAUGUAGUGAGAAAAGUGAUGAUAACACCAUUGAUGAGAAAUACCUGAUUGCUACUUCCGAGCAGCCAAUUGCUGCUUUGCACAGGGAUGAAUGGCUGAAGCCAGAAGAUCUACCUAUCAAAUAUGCGGGAUUGUCCACUUGCUUCCGCCAGGAAGUUGGCUCACAUGGCCGUGAUACUAGAGGCAUCUUCCGAGUGCACCAGUUUGAAAAGAUAGAACAGUUUGUCUACGCCUCACCUCAUGAUAACAAAUCUUGGGAAAUGUUUGAUGAAAUGAUUGCAGUUGCUGAAGAGUUCUAUCAGUCUUUGGGCAUCCCUUACCACAUUGUGAAUAUUGUCUCAGGCUCUUUGAAUCAUGCUGCCAGUAAAAAACUGGAUCUAGAAGCAUGGUUCCCAGGAUCAGGAGCUUUCCGUGAGCUAGUUUCCUGCUCAAAUUGCACCGAUUACCAGGCACGUCGACUUCGCAUCCGUUAUGGGCAAACCAAGAAGAUGAUGGACAAAGUGGAAUUUGUACAUAUGCUAAAUGCCACAAUGUGUGCUACAACACGCACUAUUUGUGCCAUCUUGGAAAAUUAUCAGACAGAGGAGGGAAUUGUUGUGCCUGAGAGACUAAGGAGCUUUAUGCCACCAGGUCUGAAAGAAAUGAUAAAAUUUGUGAAACCUGCUCCUAUCGACCAGGAACUUUCCAAGAAGCAGAAGAAACAGCAUGAAGGAGGCAAAAAGAAAUCGGCUGGAGGGGACUGCGCCCUGGAAGGGAAGAUGCAGAGCAUGGAUGUGAACAGUUCUUAAAACCGUUUCAUGUGUUACGUUACUGAGGCUGAGGGGGCACCUGGAUAUGAAUUGCUGCUUUGUCUCAUCCUUUAUAUGGCAGUGGGCAAGUUAUCUUUUCCAUCUCAGCCUCUCCUCUCUAGCAAAGGAAGGAACUUCCCAUGGUGGCUUUGAGGAUCUGUUGACAUUUUCCCUGCACUUUGAUUGUGGAAAGUACUGCAAGUGGUGACUGCUGUUUCUUCACCAGCUGUAUGUUUUAAAUUAUGUUAAUUAUCUGUGGAAACUGUUUCUGUCUGAACUCCUAGCUGCAAAUCCAAGCAAAGAGAACAAAAGUGUUAUAUUGCAUUCACUUGUUGACCAUCUCUGCAUAGCUGGAACAGCAAGAGGUUAAGGCAGAGAUUGAAAGGGCAAGUAGGUUGAGGCAUUUAUUAUUUUACUCUCAAGAUGGUUUGUCCAUGUUGUCAUAGGAUUUUACUUGAUCUGAUGGGACUCAAUGAAUAAAGCAAACCACUGAAAAAUUAA